AUGAAUGUUGUCCAGCCUUCGACACCAGUACGCUUCGUCGCUCUGAGUUACAUGUGGGAAUCCUCCGAGGACGCAGGACGCGCACAGCUCGAGAAAGCCAACGCCCGGGACCUGGAGAGCCUCGGCGGCCUCGCAUCCGUCACCCUGCCCCCCAUCAUCUCGGACACCAUAUCCCUCUGCAGGGACCUCGGCGAGAGAUACCUUUGGGUCGACCGGCUCUGCAUCGUUCAGGACGACGAGUACUCGAAGCCCAACCAGAUCGAUGGCAUGGACCGUAUCUACCAGUCCGCCUCCUUCUCCAUCAUGGCUGCGCUGGACGACCGUCAGGGACACGGGUUUCCGGGAUACGCCGGGAACCCCAGGCGGCCGAGGGCGUCGUUAUGGGGCCCGGCGCGCAGCCGCAACGUCGGGCGGGGAAUCGAUCCGAACGGGAUGCAGACCGUUGUCGACGCCUCGCUGUGGAAUCGGAGGGGGUGGACUUUCCAGGAGAGGCUGCUGUCCAAACGGCGGCUAUUCAUCACCGAGUACCAGGUUUUGUUCGAGUGCUGCCGCGGACAAGCCGCCGAGGAGCUCACGUGGGGUCGGCGGCCCUCGCGAGCGGGAGACGCGGUCGACGGGGCAGAAGAGGCCUUGGAGUCUCUCGAAGAGAACAUCGAAAGCGGAGGACCAGGAACGGACUCCGAAGCAGCGCGAGAAACAGCAGACGAUCCUGUAGCGGCAACGGGGAAAGAGAAGGAUGAACGGACGCCUCGGAUCCCGGGCUUCUACCGCCGCCCUCUCUACCACCGAGACGCCACCAUCAAGCUGCGGGACCACGUCGCGCUGGCCAACUACUGCGCCUGGGUCGAGGACUACACCUCGCGGCGGCUCUCCCGCAGCGGCGACAUGCUCAACGCCUUCGCGGGCGUCGGCAACGCCGUCAGGAAGGCCAUGCGCACCGAGACGCUCUUCGGGCUGCCGGAGGUGUACCUCCCGCAGGCCCUCAUGUGGAGCCACACCGGUCCGGCGGCACGGAGGGACGAUGACGACGACGACGACAAUGGUGGUGGCGGUGGUGUGCUGGGGGUUCCCAGCUGGAGCUGGGCGGCGUGGACGGCGGAGGGGAGUGCGGCGGGGUACAGAUGGGCGCACGGCGACGCGAGGCUUGUGGACACGAAGCUCGUGAGGAUCGCCACGCUGGUAUGGUUUCACAUGCGGGAUCCUCCGGCGGCUGCGACAACGGCGGGGGCGAAGACAACGAAAGGGUCCGGGGACGGGCGGGUCGGUAAACUGCGCAGGCUGCGGGUGAAGGAGCGGUGGCUGGGUACAGAGAUGGGGAUGGCGAGGAUCCACGGGCCGGAGAAGCUGCCUCCACUGCAGCGGAAGAUGGGCGGAGGGAAAGUCAAGGUCUCGGCCGAGACGGACGAGAAGCACACCGAGAUGUGGCGGGCGUGUCCGCACAGCCCGUGGGCGGCGCUCGCGCACGCGGAGCUCGAUCCCGAGGCCGUGUCUGUCACAGGGAACUUCCCGGGCGCACUGGUGUUCAACACGACCGUCGCUUCUCUGAGGAUCAGACGGGGCCAGGGGGCUCGAGGAUCCCGCGGGACGGGGUCUGGAGACGCCGAGAUUCUGGACCUGACGGGGCGGCUGGUCGGGCACCUCGACGGAGCGGUCCCUAAGAUGGUCGCUGGACGGAAGGGAGCUCGGGACCGGAGGAGGGCGGCCGUCGACUUCAUCGUCAUCAGCGCGUCGCUGGACGGCGGGCUGAGCGAGCGGAACGAGUGGGCCUUCAUCGAAGGGCAGUUCCACGAGAUGUGGCGGUUCAACGUCAUGCUCGUGGAGCGGCUGCCGUGCGAGCCGUUCGUCGCGAGAAGGCUCGGCGUGGGAUACGUGCGGGUUAGCCAGUGGAGGGAGUGUAACCCGCGGUGGGAGACUGUUGUUCUUGUCUGA